AUGGAUGAUGACAAAAUUGCAUUGGUAAUUUUUACAGAAAGAGAAGGAUUUGAUAAAAAUCAAAAAUUAAAAAGUGAUUUAUAUCCAUAUUCAAAUGAAGGUAUUUCGUUACUUGAAUUAUGUUGUUAUCAUGGAUCUAUUGAUUGUUUUAAGUUUUUAAGAACGAAAUUUCAAUCAGAAAUCACUCCAAAUUGUCUUAGAUAUUCGUUUUUGGGUGGAAAUCCAGACAUUAUGUAUGAAUGCUUGAAAGUACAAAAACCAGAUGAUGAAUGCAUGAAAUAUGCAAUUAUUUCACACAAUAUUGAUUUUGUCUCAUUUUUGAUGAAUGAGUACAACAAAAAAAUUAAUUUAGUAUUGUGUUAUGAAUACAAUAAUCUUCAAUCAUUUUUAGUUUAUUUGGAUCAAACCAAUGAUAUCAACACAUGUUUUGUUAUUUCUCCGAAUUUCCAUCUUUCAUUACUUUUAGAAUAUUUUAUUUCAAAUGGUGCAGAUAUCAAUGCUAAAUACAAAGAUGGAUGGACCUCUCUUCAUUCUGCAGCCAGGAAUAAUUACAAAAUAACAUUAGAAAUUCUUAUUUCAAAUGGCGCAGAUAUCAAUGCUAAAGACAAAGAUGGAUGGACCCCUCUUCAUUCUGCAGCCAUUAAUGGUUACAAAAUAAUAUCAGAAAUUCUUAUUUCAAAUGGUGCGGACAUCAAUGCUAAAACUAAACGUGGAUAUACCCCUCUUCAUCUAGUAGCCAGUAAGAAUCACAAAGAAACAUUAGAAAUUCUUAUUUCAAAUGGCGCAUAUAUCAAUGCUAAAGACGAAGCUGGACGGACCCCUCUUCACUAUGCAGCCAGAUAUAAUAGUAAAGAAACAUUAGAAAUUCUUAUUUCAAAUGGUGCAGAUAUCAAUGCUACAAAAGAAGAUGGAUCUACCCCUCUUCAUUUAGCAGCCAUUAAUGGUUACAAAAUAAUAUCAGAAAUUCUUAUUUCAAAUGGCGCAUAUAUCAAUGCUAAAGACGAAGCUGGACAUACCCCUCUUCACUAUGCAGCCAGAUAUAAUAGUAAAGAAACAUUAGAAAUUCUUAUUUCAAAUGGUGCAGAUAUCAAUGCUAAAGACGUAUAUGGACGGAUCCCUCUUCAGUAUGCAUAG